UUAAAUGGCAAAGAAAUCUUUAUCUGCCCAACAUUUUCUGGAAUGUGAUAAUUGUGAAGAAAAUCCUUCGAAGUCCUCUGUAAGACAUGUCCUGGCCAUCUUUGUCAGCACUGUAAAAAUGAUCACGAAAAGAAAAAAAAUGACACGGAACCAUGAGAUUGUGUCAUUAUCAUCAAACAACGAGAAAAUGUUGCACAUGUUAUAUUGUUCCAACCAUGCUAAGAAGAAACUAGAAUGUUACUGCAACCGUUAUGGAGAACCUGUGUGUACAGAGUGCAUUAUACAGUCUCAUAACGGUCAUUCUGUUGAAUCUUUGUCAACCGUUUACAAAUGUAUCACAUAUUAUGCUAAACAACAAAAAGAUAUAAUAAAUACAGUUCUUUUACCAAAGUUCAUAGAGUUGCUUUCGCAGGAAACGGCAAAAGAGUCAGCUUUAACAAGCAGAGCAGAGGGAAUCAAGAAGAAAAUUGAGACAUAUACACAAACUCUGGUUGAAAUGAUAAUAGCCAUUAGUACACAGACAGUUGAGGAUUUAUCCAAAAAAGAGAAAGAAGGACUCCGGGAAAUACAACAUACCAAGAUCAACUUAGUAGAACAGAUAAACGAAUUGCAGGUCAUGAGUGAAGCAAUAUCUGAAGAUAUUGAAGCUCAGCCAAAUAUCUCAUUUUUUAAAUUAGUUGAGAGAAAUGAUCUUGAAAGAUUUGAAACAACUUUACCAAAUAUUGAAUACUCUUUGAGCGACUUUCAACCUGGCAUUAUUAGAAAAGCUAUACAAGAAAACUUUGGAAUACGGCCAAUUUUAAAAAGAUCACGUCACAUAAAUUAUGCAGAUGUAGAAGGCACAGACAAAACUGCUCAAAGAAAAUACACUGCUGAUGAAAUGAAGCGUCGUGAACGUGAGCUUGAGUUAGAAAUCAAAGAAAAGUACAGAGGAGAUAUGCAGAGACGUCAUCCACGAACAUAAUAUGCAAAAGCAAACGACAUCAAGUGUUCCAUAUUAUGGAUUGAAAAAAAAUUUGCGCAAAUGAACAGCUGGUUAUAGGUACAAAAAACCAACAUCUUUAUCUCUGAUCUAUAUUGGUUUUUGAUUUACUUCCUAUUUCUAUAGAUCGCGAGGUUAAAUCAUAAAUAAAAAAAAUGAACAGAAGAAAUACGAAAAGACUGUCAUCCAUGGACACAUUCUUUCCAAAAAUGAAGGGACCUCAAGUGUUCCGUUCUACGGAUUAAGUAAUUUUGCGCAAAUGACAACUAGUUAUUAGUACAUGUAUGAAUAAUUUUAUUUAGAUGUCAUCUGUAUACAGAUUUUUUUUUUUCAUCCGUUCGCAUAUAUCCUUGUAUUAGGUUUUUUUCUCUCACCUAAAAACAAAAAUACAAAAAAUAUAUCGUCUGCAUUUUGAAAUAUGUAUUAUUCUUUUCUUAUUGCUUUGUAAUUUCUUAUCAAAAUUCUUAAUAACUCAGCACAUAAUAAAAAUAAGAGUUAAACCGAGUCUCUUUGCUUACAGCCUCCUAAAAUUUAGAUUAUUUUGAAUAGAAUCCUUUUUGUAAGACACAUGAAUUUAUAUUAUUAUAAAUGUUUUUUGAUAGGUCCUAAAUAGGCUUCCGUAAAUAUAUCAUAGAUUGACCUAAAUUAAAAUAUGUCGAGUGCCUGAUAGAUAAAAUUUUAUGAAAUCGGACCGAAAAUAGCCGACCAUGCAGUAUUGAAUUUUGUUUUGUAUUGUUCAUAAUGUCAUAUAUAAAAAAAAAUAUUGUUUCAUUAUAUAUCAAAAAAGAAAUAAGAAAAUAUUAACGAUGAAUCCUUAGAAAAUCAUUUGAUAAAAAUAGUUUCGUAAGCAUGUUCAAUUUUUUUUACAAUAUAUUUUAAAUAUUUUGAUAUACAUAUCGCAUUUAUUAAUAUUUUUUUAACUUUUAAAACACAAUUCGUUCUAAACGACUAUUUUAUUAGUUUUCAUUAGAAUGAAAAAAAAUCUGAUUAUGCUUGAAUUGUUUAUUCCUUACAAUAAUGUUCGUUAUAAAUAUGUGCAGUUUCUGCUCAACUGAAUGACAGAGGGAAAUGCUUUCCUAAUUUACACCAGUGAACUUGUUACAUGCAUACUCAGAAAAAUUAAACAGCAUCGCUUGUUAUUUUUUUUCCUUGUGAUAAACAUUUAACUAGAAUAAUGCAUACACUUUGUAGAUUAAUAAUUAUUGUACAUCGGAUGAUAAAGCUUGAUAUAUUUUUAG